AUGAGCAACAACAGUUCAAAGGAAAACUAGAAUGCAGGUGCAUUAGCGCAUUAUAGAAGAAGCUAGGUACUAUUAUUAAAUGGAAUCAUUGUUAGGAGUUUAUAAUUACUUAUAGAACUGAAGAAGCAUUAUUAGAAAUUAAUAAUGCCUUAAAUCUUUGUCCUCAAUUUGCCGAAGCCUACACUUUAAGAAGUUAAAUGUUUUAAAUAUCAAUUUAGGUGAAUUAUAUGAAAAAAUGAAAUUAUAUGACAAAGCAUUGGAAGAUGUAAAUUAGAGCUUAUCCAUAAACAUUAAUAAUGCUGAAAGUUAUUAUUAAAGAGGUAUUGUUUUAGAUCUUAUAAUGUAAGGAACAAUUUAUUGGAGAAAAUAAUUAUUUGAUCUCGCAUUAUAAGAUUGUAUGAAGUGUGUUUAGAUUAAUCCAAACUUUGCAAUGGGUUAUAGUAGAAUGGGUAAUAAAAUAAACUUUAUUUUAGGCACUAUUAUGAGCGAUUUGAAAUAAAAGGAUUAUGAACUCUAAUUUUAAAAUUAGGCUAUAGAAAAAGAUGGAAAUUGUUAUUAUGCAUUUAUGUGUAGAGGUAAUAUAAAAUUUAUAUUUAAAGGUUUGUAUUAUUAGGAUGAACAAAUGAUUGAUUUGGCACUUAAAGAUUACAAUAAAGCAAUCCAAAUCAAUCCUAACUAUAGUUUGGCCUAUAUAAACAGAGGUGAAUACUAUUACACUUAAUAUAUUAGGCGUUUUAUAUAAAGAUAUUGGUGACAAUGAUAAAGCAUUAAAUGACUAUAAUCAAGCAAUCCAACUUGAUCCUAAAAAUGUUAAUGCCUAUAAUAACAGAGGUGAAUACUAUUACAAUUAAUAUAUUAGGCGUUUUAUAUAAAUAUAUUGGUGACAAUGAUAAAGCAUUAAAUGACUCUAAUUAAGCAAUCCAACUUGAUCCUAAAAAUGCAGGUUACUAUAAUAACAGAGGUUAAUACUAUUACACUUAAUAUAUUAGGCAAUUUAUUUUCUGAUAUUGGUGACAAAGAUAAAGCCUUAAAUGACUAUAAUUAAGCAAUCCAACUUGAUCCUAAAUAUGUUAAUGCCUAUAAUAACAGAGGUUAAGACUAUUAUACUUAAUAUAUUAGGCAAUUUAUAUAAAAAUAUUGGUGACUAAGAUAAAGCCUUAAAUGACUAUAAUUAAGCAAUCCAACUUGAACCUAAUCAUGCAUCAACCUAUUAUAACAGAGGUUAAUACUAUUAUACUUAAUAUAUUAGGCAGUUUAUAUUCUGAUAUUGGUGACAAAGAUAAAGCCUUAAAUGACUAUAAUUAAGCAAUCCAACUUGAUCCUAAAUAUGUUAAUGCCUAUAAUAACAGAGGUGAAUACUAUUACACUUAAUAUAUUAGGCAAUUUAUUUUCUGAUAUUGGUGACAAAGAUAAAGCCUUAAAUGACUAUAAUUAAGCAAUCCAACUUGAUCCUAAUGAUGCAUCAAUCUAUAAUAACAGAGGUGAAUACUAAUACACUUAAUAUAUUAGGCAAUUUAUAUAAAAAUAUUGGUGACAAUGAUAAAGCAUUAAAUGACUAUAAUCAAGCAAUCCAACUUGAUCAUAAAUUUGUUAAUGCCUAUCAUAACAGAGGUGAAUACUAUUACACUUACUAUAUUAGGCAGUUUAUAUUCUGAUAUUGGUGACAAAGAUAAAGCCUUAAAUGACUAUAAUUAAGCAAUCCAACUUGAUCCUAAUCAUGCAUCAACCUAUAAUAACAGAGGUGAAUACUAUUACACUUAAUAUAUUAGGCAAUUUAUGUAAAAAUAUUGGUGACAAUGAUAAAGCAUUAAAUGACUAUAAUCAAGCAAUCCAACUUGAUCCUAAAAAUGUUAAUGCCUAUUAUAACAGAGGUUAAUACUAUUAUACUUAAUAUAUUAGGCAGUUUAUAUUCUGAUAUUGGUGACAAAGAUAAAGCCUUAAAUGACUAUAAUUAAGCAAUCCAACUUGAUCCUAAAUAUGUUAAUGCCUAUAAUAACAGAGGUGAAUACUAUUACACUUAAUAUAUUAGGCAAUUUAUAUUCAGAUAUUGGUGACAAAGAUAAAGCCUUAAAUGACUAUAAUUAAGCGAUCCAACUUGAUCCUAAUCAUGCAUCAACCUAUAAUAACAGAGGUGAAUACUAUUAUACUUAAUAUAUUAGGCAGUUUAUAUUCUGAUAGUGGUGACAAAGAUAAAGCCUUAAAUGACUAUAAUUAAGCAAUCCAACUUGAUCCUAAUGAUGCAUCAAUCUAUAAUAACAGAGAUGAAUACUAAUACACUUAAUAUAUUAGGCAAUUUAUAUAAAAAUAUUGGUGACAAUGAUAAAGCAUUAAAUGACUAUAAUUAAGCAAUCCAACUUGAUCCUAAUGAUGCAUCAACCUAUAAUAACAGAGGUGAAUACUAUUACACUUAAUAUAUUAGGCAAUUUAUAUAAAAAUAUUGGUGACAAUGAUAAAGCAUUAAAUGACUAUAAUCAAGCAAUCCAACUUGAUCCUAAAGUUGCAAGUUACUAUAAUAGCAGAGGUGAAUACUAUUACACUUAAUAUAUUAGGCAGUUUAUAUUCUGAUAUUGGUGACAAAGAUAAAGCCUUAAAUGACUAUAAUUAAGCAAUCCAACUUGAUCCUAAUGAUGCAUCAAUCUAUAAUAACAGAGGUGAAUACUAAUACACUUAAUAUAUUAGGCAAUUUAUAUAAAAAUAUUGGUGACAAUGAUAAAGCAUUAAAUGACUAUAAUUAAGCAAUCCAACUUGAUCCUAAAGUUGCAAGUUACUAUAAUAGCAGAGGUGAAUACUAUUACAAUUAAUAUGUUAGGCGUUUUAUAUAAAGAUAUUGGUGACAAAGAUAAAGCCUUAAAUGACUAUAAUUAAGCAAUCCAACUUAAUCCUAAAUAUGUUAAUGCCUAUAAUAACAGAGGUGAAUACUAUUACACUUAAUAUAUUAGGCAAUUUAUAUAAAAAUAUUGGUGACAAUGAUAAAGCCUUAAAUGACUAUAAUUAAGCAAUCCAACUUGAUCCUAAUGAUGCAUCAAACUAUAAUAACAGAGGUGAAUACUAUUACACUUAAUAUAUUAGGCAAUUUAUAUAACAAUAUUGGUGACAAAAAUAAAGCAUUUAGUGACUAUUAACAAGGAUUAUCUCUAUCUCCUAAUCAUCCAUUAUUAUUGUGCAAUUUAGGUGAUUAUUAUUACAUUCUUUCUGACCAUACUCAAGAAGCUUUUGAAUGUUAUCAAAAGGCCAUAAAUUCUUUUUAGAGUUUAAAAUAAUCAGAAAUUGCGAAAUUGAGUUUAACUCAAGGAAACAUUGAAUUUAUAAUAACUAAGAUUGACAUCCUUAAACAAUUAGAAUAAGAAAUUGAGAAAUCUAAAUAACUUUUAUAGAAACUACCAACUGAAACACCAUAAGAAUAAUAGAAUAAACAAAAUUAUAGUAUAAAAAUAGAAUAAUUUCAAAAUGAAAUCAAACCUAUUCUUACAAUCCCAAUUAAUCAAUCGCUAAAGCUUGAAAACUAAUAAGUUUAAAAUGAAUAACUGAAUUAAAUAUUGUAAUAUGUUAAGCAGUUAAACUAAAAGAUAUUACAAUAAGAUAAAGUAAUUUCAAAAAUAUAAGAAGAAAAUGCAGAUUUAAAAAUAAAAGUAAAUUAAUUAGAGUAGCNCUAUAAUAACAGAGGUGAAUACUAUUACACUUAAUAUAUUAGGCAAUUUAUAUAACAAUAUUGGUGACAAAAAUAAAGCAUUUAGUGACUAUUAACAAGGAUUAUCUCUAUCUCCUAAUCAUCCAUUAUUAUUGUGCAAUUUAGGUGAUUAUUAUUACAUUCUUUCUGACCAUACUCAAGAAGCUUUUGAAUGUUAUCAAAAGGCCAUAAAUUCUUUUUAGAGUUUAAAAUAAUCAGAAAUUGCGAAAUUGAGUUUAACUCAAGGAAACAUUGAAUUUAUAAUAACUAAGAUUGACAUCCUUAAACAAUUAGAAUAAGAAAUUGAGAAAUCUAAAUAACUUUUAUAGAAACUACCAACUGAAACACCAUAAGAAUAAUAGAAUAAACAAAAUUAUAGUAUAAAAAUAGAAUAAUUUCAAAAUGAAAUCAAACCUAUUCUUACAAUCCCAAUUAAUCAAUCGCUAAAGCUUGAAAACUAAUAAGUUUAAAAUGAAUAACUGAAUUAAAUAUUGUAAUAUGUUAAGCAGUUAAACUAAAAGAUAUUACAAUAAGAUAAAGUAAUUUCAAAAAUAUAAGAAGAAAAUGCAGAUUUAAAAAUAAAAGUAAAUUAAUUAGAGUAGCAAGAUAGAAAUUAAAUUGAAUUAUUAUUAAACGAUCUUAAUAAACCAGAAAAUUAGUAUUAAAAAACUUAUUACUAAUCUUUAUUUUGGAGACUUUACAACUACUUACAAGCAGUGUAGUAAAUUUCAACAGACUUAUUUUAAAUAAACUAAAAUGCAGUUAUUGAAACAAACUCAGAAAAGGUUUUAAAUAUAGUACAAAAAAUUACAAACAUUGGAUCAGUUGCACUUUCACCAAUACCAAUUAUUGGAGAUGCUUUCCAAAUUAUAAAUUCUGCCCUUGAUUAUGCAAUCGAUGAAAAGAAUGUGAAUAAAUUUAAUAAAAGAGUAAGAAUUCUAAGCGAAAUAUUAAUAUUAUUUGCAGUAAAUCCAUAAAAAUUAGAAAUUGAAGUGCAAAUGGCAGCAAUAUCUUUAGGAAAAUAACAAUAGGUUAAUAUGCAAAAAAGAAAAGAAACAAUUUUUAAAAAUAGAGUGAACGAUUUAUUAGCAAAAGAAAGCAGUUCUUCAGAAUUAUUUAAGAAUAUUUACUGGGUUUGUGGAACAGAAGAUGCAUUAAUCAUUUUAAGCUAUUUAGAAAAAAACUAAGAAAAAAUAUUAAAGGAAUAACAGAAAAAAUUAAGGGAGAUAUUUGAAGAUGCAGUUAAAUCAUAUUAGUAUUUACCUUAAAAAAUAUCUGUGGAUAUCGGUUGUUCUUCAACAUGUUAGAUGAUUUGA